AUGGCGUCGAAACUAGCCGUGAACGCUUUAUCUCCGCUCCGUUCCUCAGCUCUGCCUCAGCAGACGACAACUUUGGCCGCGAAUGCUGAAAGUUACCAUAUCUUUCCACAUGUGGACAGUUUUGAGGAAAAGUUGUCCAGAGAAGAAGCGGAGACCACGUCCAAGUUUGUUGUCAACCGCAAAGAGAAGGAUUUCGGGGAAAUGAAUGUGCAACCUUCUCAGCACAAGCAGACAUAUUGGGAGCUGAAAGGGGUGCAGUACGAUGGCAUUCCAUUUCAACUCGUCGCAACAAAAACAUACGACUGCCAUCAAGGACCGGAUAGGGAUGUCCGUAAGAAGGAGCGCUAUCGGGCACAAAAAGACAAACAGGAGCUUGAAGACCAUGUCUUCAUCAAGAGGAGGAAAGUCCUCCAACCCAGUAAGAAGAGAGAUUGUCCCGUCCAACUACGGGUAACUCAGGUGCUGAAAUUCCCUGGGUUCAAGAUUACAGGCAACACCAAAAGCAAGCGGAGGGAUGCCUCAAAAGCACUAAAGGUCGCAAUAGCAGCAGACCCUGGCACCGUGGAAUCACUGGUCCAAUUCCACACAACGUUUCCUUCUUUGGAAGAACACAGAAACCAUUCAGUCAUUGGACCGGUAAUUUUGCAAAUGCUUUUUUUUUCACAAAGAGAAAUACACGUACAAUCCGAAUACAUGUACCAAACCCACCCUUACACAAUUUGCCUUUUUUUCUUCAAUUGGAUCAUUGAAAACACAAAAAAUCCAUGAUAACAUCUAAAGGGAGAGGGGGAAUCCAUGUGUGCAAAAUGUAGACAGGAAGAUUGAGAAAUGUACAUUUUUAUCUUGGAUGUUUUUACCGUACAGGUAGCUGAGCUCCGUGAAGGCAUUGACCCGUCAGUUGAGGAACUGACUGAGCACAACGUUAGCGAGGAUAACUGUUCCGACUCUACCAUACUGAUGGAUGUAGAUGUGCCCUCAUCAUGUGAUCCGCCUGAGGGAAAGAGGUCAAAUAAGCUUAAGCUGAGAGAUGAGUGUGUUAGUGUCUUCAGACAGCUCAUCGACUGCACAUUUCACCUACAAGAUGAGGACUACAUGGAAGAGCUGAAAAACCAAAUGACACAGAAACUGGAAGAAGUGAGAGGACAGAUCCCACAUGACCAAAGCCUGGCUUUGUGUUCCCUCACACCAACACAGCCACAUCCCACCAGCGGACCACCUUCCACCAGCUGUCAAUAUUCUGUACCUGCCGCCAGUACAAGGACAACUCUCAGAUGAUCCAGUGCGACCGCUGCGAACAGUGGUACCAUUACCGCUGUGUGAAGAUCAGUGCCAGGGACGUGGCAGACAUUGUGUCACAGGACCAGUACAUCUGUCCUACAUGUCGCCAGGACUGAACCUGCAAGAUGGUCGGAGACUCUAAACACACCUUGACUUCUUUUCUUUUUUUGGGGGAUAACUAGUUUGCCCGAUUUGUAUGAGUCAAUGUUGCCCUUAAAUGUUUGCUUGGCAGUUGAAGUAUAAAUCAAAUUAAAGUUUUCUCUGUUUCUACUGUUCCUGACAUGUUCACUAACAACAGUCAGGCAACUUUUUUGGGCAUCACGAGAACGGGGCACAGCCACUCUCUAUGCCCUACAUGUGCAUAUGACAGCAGCAUGGAACAUUAACUACAUGACCCUCAAUUUUUUUCUGUUCUUUUUGUGUUAAGUUCAGAGGGUGGAACCUCAGUGACUGGGCUUGACUAGGGUUACACUCCCUAGUCGGUGAGGGGGCCCAACUUAAUGUUCCAUGUUACUGCCUUAUGCAUCAGCAUAGUUAGUGGUUGAUGUAAGCAACAAUUUCGGUAUUGUGGGGACCAAAAACACUUUCUUUCUUUAGGGGGAUGGGGGAUGACACCCUUGGCAGAUGACCUCCUCGUUGGUGGGUGUCGGAAAUGUUGUUUAUCUCAGGCAACAGCUAACGAUCUGCCAUCUAAAGUGUUUAGGUCCGGUACCUGGUGCCUAGGCAUGUAAGACUGACUGAAGACACUUGUAAGGUCCCGUACCUGGUGCCUAGGCAUGUAAGACUGACUGAAGACACUUGUAAGGUCCCGUACCUGGUGCCUAGAUCAUAUUUGCCGUUCCCUAGAGUGUAAUUCUACGUAGAGCAUAUUUGUCGUUUUAAUUCUACGCAGUAAUGCGUUGUAGCCACUUGGAAUUUAUGGUAAACGGUAUAGCGUAAUCGAGAGAUUUCCUGAAUUCAGCGCUAGCCGUUAGGAUGAAAGCAUCGUGUAGUACUUUGGAGCUUCUGUGCAUCUUGGUAUAAAAGUGUCGGCUAUGAUUUUAUAUUUCUGUAUUUAUUGAUCUAUGUGGCAUGUUUUCGUAGGUCACAAUAUAAUGACAAUUACAAAUAAUGAAUGAAUUGGCAGGGAAAGAACUUUUAUUUGUUUGUUUCUACAUGUUGAGUAACUUUUCAUUCUAGGAUAUUAUUCUGGACUGGAUGUUUUAAUCAUCAACAUGCCGAACUAUGCAUUUGUAGAAGUUACUGCAUCACUAAGAAACAGAUUCAGGAGAUUUUGUACUUGUAGGCUUUAUUGGCA